GUCUCUCACAACCGUGGAGGUAUGUACUUGUCUGCCUAUACUAGCACCCUGAGUACAGCUCUACGGGGAAACAUGACCAACAAUGUAUUUGCCUUUGGUACAAAUGGGGAGGCUCUCAACAUAUCUGGCCACUACUUUCAACGCUUGAAGCUGUUCCAGAACUACUUUUAUAACUACACAGCUGGUGACUACAGAGAUGUCAUUCACAUCAAGAAUGUGGUGGUAAAUCUAACACAUAACUACAUCCUUCGGAAUAUCGGAUACUACAUUAUCCACACCUAUGCCAG